AGUUAAUCGUCGCAGAGCCUCAGAAGCGAUGUGUAAGUUACCCGUCAUAGCCGUUACCAGUACGCGUUAGAACAUCCAACUUUUCUCCGCCCGCCAUCUGCCACUGGCUGCCAGCCAUGUGCCGUGCCCCGCAGCGCCUAGGCCGGUUGCGGCUUGCAGCUAGCUCCCAGCUGUGCCCAGUUGCCCUCGGUGGUCCCCAAGUGCGGCGAUGGCGGUGAUGCAGCUGAGCCUCAAUUUUUGUGGGUGGUGUAAUAUAUUUCAAUACAUGUAUAUACCGUACAGAACCAGUACGCGGCCUCCGUUGUCCGUCUCCGUCCUGCCAGUAUCACCAACCACACCAACCACACCCACAAACAACAUCCACAACAUCCACCACAACCUCCAAACAUCCCAUGCCCAGCAUCGCUAUCCCAAUUCCCCCGCGCCUGUGCCGUGCCUGUAUUGUGUCUUUCUUCCAUACAAUCUCCCAACCAAUUCGUGGUUUGCUUCGUCCCCCUACUACUGGCGCUGAGUGCACCACAGCCAGCCCCUUUGUGCGCUAACUACUCUGCUCUGCCCUCGCUCUCGCCCUCGUUCUCAUCUCCCCCCUCUGUGCCACCCUCUGCUGGCUGGUCUUCCUUGCUCUCCCUCCCAUAUCUCUCCCUCUGGAGAUGGUGCUGCGUCCCAUUGCUCUCCAACUAUAUACCUCUCAUCAGCGGAACUACUGAACUCUGGGCUCUGCCAUCCCACCCGACUGGACCGACCCCCCUGGAUGCCUUUCUUCCCACGUCUCUCUGUCUGCCAGUCCCCGUGACCGCCCAACUCAGCCUCAAGGUUCCUCCUUCUCCUCCUCCUCCUCCUCCUCCUCCGCCGCCGCCGCCCGCCGUUCUCCUGUCAAGUUCUCCUCGCCGACCCGACCAGACAACAAGCGGCGCUAUCCCCAGAUCGCCCUAACUUCUUCACACUUGCAUACACCUUUUUGCCUUUCUUCUUUCUCCUCGGGUCUCUUGUUCUUCCUGCUCUUCUUUCCUUUUCGUCUUCUUUUUCCUCCUUCGUCUAAUUAAUAUUAUCUAUGGACACAUCCCUCUUACUUCUUCCAGCCUUCAGCCGCUUCCACCUAUCCUGGCUGGUUAAUCCUCCCACCACCGCCUAGCCCAACCCAUAGACGAGGGCGAAAACCAGAAAAAAAAGUCCCGGAAUUCCCUCAGCUUGCGCCACACUGCCACCGCUGGUUUCAUGCGCUUCCACCCACCCACCCUAUCAACCCACCCACCGUCCCAAAAUCCAGUCUAGUUGAAGAGUUCCUGUGCUCUUGAUUUCCCGCUCGUGUUGUCGCCCUCGAGAGCGUGAAUUCUCAUCGACAUCCCGUCUUGCACGGUUCUCGCGCUCAAAGCCACAUAUUCAUGGAUGGUCCUGUUCAUCCAAGUUCGGACCCAAUCACCUUCCACAACCCUCUCUCUCGAACAUCCACAUCAAAAAAUCCUGUCGUAUCGUCUUCAUCUUCCACCGUGGCCAAACAAGGCCCCAUAUCGUUCCUAAAAUCUGCGGAACCAAAGGUUUCAUCUAGUCUAAGCUCGAUUGCCAGCGCGGGACUGCGCACUUCACCCUCCCCAAUCAUGGCCACGACCUCACGGCUCUCGCCGCAACCAGCGACAGCCAGUGACAUGAAUCGUCGUGACGGAUCGCGAGAGCGCGCUUCUGUCCAACAGACUAGCCAACAGAAUCCCAGAGAUGCCGGAAGCUCCAACGCAAAUGCGCCAACCGAAAUCAGAGACAACGCCCAUGAUUCGGCGACCUCGGCAUCAACGGAGCCCGUGGUCGUUGCUCAGAAAUCGGUUCAUAUAUCUGCGAACGACCCAAGGACGGAUAGUCAUAUACGACGGGCAAGCCCAGCCGGUGUGUCGGACACUUAUGAUGGAGGAGAAAGUAUGGGCACGACCACCACUUUGAUGAACAGCAGAACUGUUGCCAGUCCUGGCCCUAUUGAGGAACCCAAUCUCAUGGAAAACGAGCGGUCGCGCCGCAGAGAGGAAGAUAUCAUGAUGGAAGAGGGGAACAAAGCUUUCUCCUACCCAGUCCCGAUGCCCGCAUCAAGCAUUAACGAUUCCCGACGGGGAAUGAGCUUGCCACAUGCUGGCUUUAACAAAGGAAGUCCACGUUCUCCAUCCGCGAAGAAACAUAGAUGUCACCACUGCGCAACGGAAUUUACUCGCCACCAUAAUUUGAAGAGCCACCUACUCACCCAUAGUCAGGAGAAGCCAUAUGUUUGCCAGACGUGUCAAUCUCGGUUCCGGCGAUUACACGACCUGAAGCGCCAUACAAAACUUCACACUGGAGAGCGUCCACAUAUCUGCCCGAAGUGUGGACGCCGAUUUGCUCGAGGUGAUGCAUUAGCGCGGCAUAACAAGGGCCAAGGCGGUUGCGCAGGGAGACGUUCUAGUCUAGGUAGUUUCCUUGGGGAUGAGGAAUACGGCGAUGGAGGCGGCCCUGUUGGAGAAGAUGGAAUGGAAGGCCUUAUGUACACCGAGCCAGACCGCAUGGAUGAAGAGGAGGAGAAGCGCAUGAACAUGCCCAGUAUUAAAAAACACAAUCCUCCAGAUUCUAUGCAACGGACAUCAAGCACAGGUGGUGGGCACGUAACUUUCCAAUCCCACCAAUCUAGCACUUACCCGCCAUUAGCAGCCGGGAGACCCUCUCAAGGUAGCCUCUUCCCACCCGUUACUAGCCACCCCGGCUCCAGCUCAUCCCCUUCCCCUAUCUCACAAUCCGGGAACGUCUCCUUCCCUCCCGGAGGCUCCAAUAGCUCUUCAUUAGCUUUUAAUACCCAACAACCACAACCGCAAGGCCACUCAAGCUCUGUUUUCGCACAUAACAAUAUCUCGGAAAGCCCCAAGCCGCUAUCACCAAACGUCAUGCCCACACGUCAACUAAGCCAUGGGUCGGAUCAUAGUGGGCAACAGCAUUCGCGUGGUGGAGGCCUUUCGCCGAGUUUGAAACCCCAAUACCAGCCGCAACAACAACAGCAACAACAGCAGCAAUUUGGCCGAAACGGUGCCCCCGGGACAAGCAGCGGGCCAGCACAGAUUCUCCCCGCACCGCAACCCGGUGCACCGCAACUCCCACUGCCGCACAGCCUUAAUAACCCAGACACGCGGUUCCCGCUGCACAGUCCCAACCCCAGUCAAUCGCAAUCACAGUCACAACAGAGCCUUCACUUGCCAUCCCAUCACCACCACCAUAGCCACAGCCACAGUCACAACAACAGCAUCAAUGCAAGCCCGAAUCUAAGCACCCUCGAUAAUAACGCUAAUAAUAAUAACAACCUCUUCUCCCGACAACGACAGUUAUCAUCAUCAUCGCACCACUCCAACGCCGGCGGCGGUUCUGCACCUCCUCCAGAUAGGGUAUGGUCAUACGUACGUUCGCUGGAAGACCGCUUGAGUGGCCUAGAAGAAGAACUCGUACGGUUGCGGGAGCAGCUUGCUGCACCUAGCAGCGGUAAUACUGGUGUUGGUGCUGGGAAUGUUGCCAAUGGUGCGUAGGAUAUGGACUGCAUGAUUAGAUUUUUUGGAUGAGGUGGAAAUUGGGGUAGGGGUAGAGGGAAAGGUUUAAUGAGCUACCUGUCACAUAUUAUUCGUAUUAUUAUCAUGUCUGCCCUGUUCGUCUGCGGGAUGUUCUUUUUCUUUUUCUUUUUUUUCCCUCAUACAUUCUGUUUAUUCAUCAAUCUACUUACCUAUCUUGUUUAUUGAAAACUACGACUUCACUUUUUCUCUGUGUUUUAUUUUCUUCAUUCCCUUUUUUUGGACAUGUGUGAAAGAGUACAAAACUUCUUUUGAUCCUCCUCCCCUUUCCCUCCCUCUCUUCUCUUUGCCUUUUCUUUGAUACAAGCGCUGUGGUAGCUGGUUGGUUAAGAGGCGGCAAGCCGAUAUGCGUUCUUCAUUUUCAUUUUCAAUUUUUCUUUUAGUUUGAUUUUGUAUUAGCGUAUCUUUUUUUUAUAACUUUCAUAUACUUUUCCCCCUCGUUUCUUUCUCAUUAUCAUCGUCCUGUCCUCCUCGUCACCCACCCACUGAGCACCCUCAAUUCUAUGCUUCCACUCCCUUUGCUUCUUUCAUCUGUUCUUCGCUGCCAUUUAUUUAUUUCUCUCACCCUUUUCUUGAUUCUUGUUGGCUUGUUUUGAUAGCAUGGAGGCUCGACUGGGGGAGCUGUUCCUCUCUUUUCUCUUUCGAUUUUGUCCUCUUCUUCAUUCCCUCCACCUCAUUAUCACCUCUUCUCCAAACUUAUUUACAUGUAAUUGGGUAUCAAUAUGCACGACCCUUAUACCCUGUAACACCCUUUUUCUCUCCUUUGCGAUACUUCUACAAAAAUUCAACUACAACUAUUUUUACCCCUUGUCUCUCUUUCCUCCCCCUUUUGUAUCUUUUUCCCUAUUUACAUUUACUUUUUAUAUACCACUCACACUAUACCCUUUCGUAUCUCUUCUCUCAUUUUGCCAUUCUCUUCUUCAUUUUCUUCGAAGCUAUUAUUUUCUUUUCUUUAUCCUCUCUACAAAUCUUCUCUCAUCUCAAUUGGGUGGCCGUCUUCUUUUCUCGUUCUAGCAUGAGUUGUUUAGUGUUAUGUAUAAAUGCAAUCCUUGUCUUAUUUCACCGUCAACGAUUUUCAGGGGGAGAUUGACAGCUACCCAUUCUCUCAGUGUAUGUAUGGCCUUUCUUUUAUUUAUUUAUUUAAUUUAUUUAUCUAUUAUUUUAUCUAUCUAUCUAUCUAUUUAUUUAUCUAUUAUUUUAUUUUAUUUUAUUUUUAUUUUU